AUGGGUGCAAGGUACCAGGCCACUUGUAUGGCUAUGGUCACACCUACCGUCACAGAGGUCCAAGUGGCUGAAACCCUACACACCACUUGGGUGUUGACUAACGAAGACUUAUGUCUCCAAUGGCAAGAUCAAGUAACAGAAGAUGAGCGUUUGAGUGCUGAACGCAAGUGUGCUACCAAAGAAGCCGAACAUGAACAUCUGACUCUUCAACUCGAAGAAAACACCGUGAGAGCAGAUGAAAAGAAGAAAAAUCGCUCAAAACACUCUGCAAUAGUAAUGCACCCUCAUCCUUUUGCCAAUGACAAAGAGGCCCUAGUCUCCGAAUUUGCGUUACGAAAGAUAGAUAGUGGGAAGUACAUUGAGCUCUACUACUGGACUAACAAUGGCCUGGACGACGCCUUAGUCAAUUACCGCACUCGCGAUGACGAUAGCAUGGUACCUUCCAUCGGAGAGGACGGUUCCACCAUAUGGGUCAGCGCAGCGACCUCGAAGCCAGCAGCAGGAGUUAUAGCGGACAGAAACCUCACUCCGGUAGACUUUGCCCAAGCCAUCCCACGCAUCAUGGCAGCUAUUGAAGAAUGCGACUGGACAAAACAGCGCAUCCAGAUGCUUGCGCAAUUCUGA